CUCGUUGGACGACGCAACUUCCUCCUAGUCAGUCAAGAUGGCGGAUUCCAAGAGGACGCGUGUGAAAGAUCGGGAGGCUGUCGCCCCUCUAGGCUAUGCGGUUAUUCCAGUUAAGUUCUCUGAAGAGCAUCAGUCACCUCACUACCUCUAUGUGAAGGAACACAAAGUCAGAGAGGACACAGAUCUUAAGAGGCCUCAGAACCGUACACUUUUUGUCUUGAAUGUCCCCCCAUAUUGUACAGAGCUUGAGGAAUGUUUGUCAAGGCUGUUCUCCGGUUGCUGCGCUGUACAGUCUGUGGAGAUGUGUGAAAAGCCAAGGCCGGGAGAAAAGACAGAAAUGCCCAAGACGAAGUUCUUCAAUACAGAGACAUCUAGGGGGUUCCAGGUUGCGUACAUAGUGUUUAAGAGUCCUGCUGGGGUCCAGGCUGCCAAAUGCUUAUCAACACAAGAGCCUGUAGUGAUAUCUUCUAACAGACAUCCUAUACAAACUGGAAUUCACAAAUGGAUUACCAGGUAUGCAGCUUCAGUUGUGGAUCCCACUGAGCUGAAGACGGAAGUGGACGCUUUCAUGCAAGCCUACGACCAGAAAGUUGCAAAAGAAGAAGCCAAAGCUGAGAAGGAAGAUGGUCUUCCAGAUGAAGAAGGAUGGGUGAAGGUGACACGGAAAGGUCGAAAGCCUGGACUCCCACGGACAGAGGCAGCCAACAUGCGCGCGCUAGAGCGGGAGAAGCGCAAGAGAGCACACAAAGAGUUGCUCAACUUCUAUGCUUGGCAGCAUCGUGAGACCAAGAGGGAGCACAUAGCCCAACUGAGGAAGAAGUUUGAGGAGGACAAGCAAAAAAUUGCUGUCAUGAGGGCGCAGCGGAAGUUUCGGCCUUACUGAGUUGCAGAUCUACAGCUGUUCCCAAAAUGUCACAACUGGGAGAGUUUUUCGUGGGGCUUCUCGGAAGCCUGUUCUGAUCCCUUCUCUGUUCCCCUGUAGUAUCUCCUGGAGUGUGAUGAAUGAAGCAGGCGGAUGUAGGGGUUUAGAAGUGAAACAAUCCUGUUUGCUCAGAUUGUGUAAUGCUGGCAGUUCACAAGCAGCCAUCCCCAAUGGCUGACUGCUCUAUGGACCAUGCAUAAUAUUAAUUUCAUCCAAUGAUUGAGUUCUGAGGUUGUUUCCCAGUUGGAGCAGACAUGUGCCUUCAGAUGUAAAUAAAUUUUUCUAUUUGCUCUA